AUUUUACAAUAAUCUUUUGAAGUUGAAAUACCUAGUUGAUAGUUGAUUUUAAGUUGAUACAUUUUUAUUUGUUAUUAAAAAAAAACUGCAUCAGCUAUCCUGGUUAUUCGACGAUAUUUAUUUUCAUUUAUAUUAUUAUUUAUUAUUUAUUUAUCGUUUGAAAUAAAAAAAUUCUAUUUACUAUUUAUUUCAUAAUUCUUUUCAAAACGAAUGAUUUUUGUAAUCUAAGUAUGAGGGUCAUCGAAUUUUUCAGUGGUAUUGGUGGAAUGCAUUUCGCCCUGAAAGAAUGUAACUUGGAAAAUUUUGAAGUUGUCCUUGCUGUAGAUAUAAAUACAGUAGCAAAUGCAGUAUACAGACAUUUUUUUCCAUCGACUAACCUCAGAGAUUUGAACAUUCUUUCACUUAGCUCAGAACAGUUUGAUGCAUACCAUCCAGACAUAUUAUUGAUGAGUCCACCUUGUCAACCUUUCACGAGAAAUGGCCUUGUCAAGGAUAUUAAUGAUGAAAGGACAAAGCCACUGCUGCACAUUAUUGAAAAUAUAAUCCCGAAAUCAGAAUCACUUAAAUAUAUUUUAGUGGAAAAUGUUAAAGGAUUUGAAAGUUCUUUGGCUAGAGACAAAUUAGUUACCGCAUUGAGUCGGUCAGGUUUUACAUUUAAAGAAUUUCUACUUAGUCCCGUACAUUUUGGCAUUUGCAAUUCAAGAUUGAGGUAUUAUUUAUUAGCCAAAAAGAAACCAUUAGAUUUUGCAAUAUCCUUACAAAAUGAUAUCAUAACUGAAAAUAAUUGGGACGACAAAUUGUGCGACCGCGUUCAACAAGUUUCAGAUGUAUUGAGCGAAUCUGACACAGAAUUAGAAGAAUAUUUUGUUAAUGACAAACAACUAUUGAAAGGCGGCAAAGCCUUGGACAUUGUUACCAAACACAGUAAAAGAUCAUGUUGUUUCACUCGUUCAUACAGUUCAUACUUAUGCGGCACUGGUUCUGUGUAUUCCAGUUUGUGCGAAGAAAAUAUCAAAGAAAUUAUUAAUGACAAUAACAAUAAUUUAGAAGUGCUGAAAAGCUUAAAAUUAAGAUUUUUUACACCAGCAGAAGUUGCAAAGUUUAUGUGUUUUCCUGUAUCAGAUUUUCCGGUCAGCAAAAAAAAAGCAUACCAACUUCUAGGCAACAGUAUAAAUGUUUAUGUUGUAUCUCGAUUAUUAUGUUUAUUAUUGCCUUAAAGCCUUUAACUAUAUUAAUAUGAUGUACAUAAUUCUAUUUAUAUAUGUUGAAUGUAAACUACAAUACAUUUUUCAAAUAUUUGUUGUGAAUAAAGUAAGUUUUGGAACCCAAUACUGUAUUUCUUACUAUAUAAUAACUAUUUGAAUAUUCUUAAGAAGACCCUACACCCACAUGUAUUGUCUCUGUCUUACUAAUGUACAACAUAGUAAAAACUGUUUUGCGCAGGAUAGAACCACUCAGAAUAUAGUGACAGUUAAGACUCCAAAUUAACAUAAAAUAUAUUUAAGAACAUUAUCUGUGAAAUAUCAUUUUUUUAGUUUUUUUAUAUCACUUACACAAAAAAAGUUCUUUUUGUUUCAAAAUUCGUUAUUUUUGUGUUUUUCAAACUUGAAUAACUUUUUUUUGUAGUUCCGAUAUCGAAAAAAUUAAAAAUUAUAUUUCAAAGCCAGUUACCUUUUUUAUGUGGUAAAAAUUUUGUUUCAUAGUUAUGACUGUAGCCUCCUUAGUUCUUUCUCAAGUAAAAUAGUUUUUGCUAUGUAUUACACAUGUGGAUCCUCUUAAGAUAAACCUAGGUAUAAUUUAAUUGCCAUACAAACACGAGUACACAAUAUAAAAUGGAUAAACAAAAGUUUAAUAUAUAAUGUACAUAUAUAAAUAAUGAUACAUGAUAAUUUUUAUAAAUUUUAUCAUCUGUGAAAAUGGCUAAAAUUAAUGAAGUGAAUAUUAUUAAUUGAGUAUUUAUUGUUACAAAAAAAAAAAGAAAACUUUAAAAUAAU